UCAGCGGGGGAGGCUAUGAGGCUGGAGCAGGGCACUGAGAAGCAGCUCUUCUCCUUCAAGAAGUGCUCCGCUUUCCAGUUCGUCAAGAGAAAGGUGCGGCGAUGGAUCCGUAACUCCAAGGUGAGGGCGGAGAAGAGUCCCACGGGGCUGGGCUUCCUCUACCCGUGCCCCAAGUGCCAGCUGGGCCAGGAGCUGUGGUACACGCACUUCCCCUCCCCCUAUGGCUGCUGCCACUACCCCCCGGGGGGCUUCUACCUGCCCGAGCAGCCGCCCACACCACCCUGCCCGGACAAGAGCAAGGGCUGCAAGGUGAGGAAGUGGAAAAUGCUGGGCCGUCACCAUGGUGAGGGGAAACAGAAGUCAAGUGUUGGGGGGUGUCACGAGGCUGACCUAGAGUGGCCCCUGCACUCCUCCAUGUUUCUGGGAAACCCCGUGCUUCAGGAAUGCUGCGUGUGCAGCGGGCCCUUCAUCUCCUACGGCAACGAGGAGGCAUGGCAACCACGCCAGCGCACACAGGCGAUGGACUUGUAUUACCAUGGCGACCCUGACCCAGAGACCUACUGCUGUCCUAAUGAGUCAACUUUUAUGAAACAAAGAAGGAUGGGACUAAAUGAUUUUAUCCAGAAGCUUGCCACAAACUCCUAUGCCUUCAAGCAUCCAGAAGUGCAGUCCAUUCUCAACCUAACACCGCCACAAGAUCCAGAGCUACUGAAUGCCACCCCCUCGCCCCCACCCAGUCCCUCGCAGCAGAUCAAUCUCGGACCCUCGUCCAACCCCACAGCCAAGCCGUCUGACUUCAAUUUCCUCAAGGUCAUUGGCAAGGGCAGCUUCGGCAAGGUCCUCCUUGCUCGCCAUCGGAGCGAUGACAAGUUCUACGCCGUCAAGGUCCUACAGAAGAAGGCCAUACUCAAGAAGAAAGAGGAGAAACACAUUAUGUCAGAGAGGAAUGUCCUCCUGAAGAACGUGAAGCAUCCAUUCCUGGUGGGCCUGCACUACUCCUUCCAGACCACGGACAAGCUAUACUUUGUCCUGGACUACAUCAACGGUGGAGAGCUGUUCUACCACCUUCAGAGGGAGCGCUUCUUCCUGGAGCCCCGUGCGCGCUUCUACGCGGCGGAGAUCGCCAGCGCCCUGGGCUACCUGCACUCGCUCAACAUCGUGUACCGUGACCUGAAGCCGGAGAACAUCCUGCUGGACCAGCAGGGCCACAUCAUCCUCACUGACUUCGGCCUGUGCAAGGAGAACAUAGAACCCAACGGAACCACGUCCACCUUCUGUGGCACGCCGGAGUACUUGGCCCCAGAGGUGCUCCACAAGCAGCCAUACGACCGCACAGUAGACUGGUGGUGCCUAGGAGCCGUGCUCUACGAGAUGCUUUACGGCCUGCCUCCCUUCUACAGUCGCAACACGGCGGAGAUGUACGACAACAUCCUGAACAAGCCGCUGCAGCUGAAGCCCAACAUCUCCAACGCCGCACGCCACCUACUGGAGGGUCUGCUGCAGAAGGACCGCACCAAGAGGAUUGGCUGCACCGACGACUUUACUGAAAUCAAGAACCACAUGUUCUUCUCCCCGAUCAACUGGGAGGACCUGAACGCCAAGAAGAUCACCCCUCCCUUCAACCCUAACGUGACGGGCCCUAACGACCUGCGGCACUUUGACCCCGAGUUCACGGACGAGCCGGUGCCCAACUCCAUCGGCUGCUCUCCGGACAGCUCGCUGGUGACGGCCAGCAUCAAGGAGGCGGCCGAGGCCUUCCUGGGCUUCUCCUACGCACCCUCCAUGGACUCCUACCUGUAGCACGCCAACAUAAAACAAACAACACACAAAUAUGCACACACUCGCAUGCGCACACAACACACACAAGACAUGCGGACAUGCGGAUGUGGACCUCCCCCCAGCCCCUCCAAACCUCAGCCCCCAACACCCUAACCCCAACGGACACUCUUUGCUUGUCGUGUCUCCCUCUCAUCCCGUAUGAAGACACCCCCCUCCUUACAUACACACACCUUGCACAUCCUAGCUGUCACCAUGACGACAGCUGCAUCCCUGUUCUAAGAGGGUGACCCAUCGAUGUGGAUGAUGUGGACCUGCUAACUAACCAUAUUUCGGGACACCUGUCCCAAACUCAGUCCCGCCCCCGUCUCCCACACCCCACUCCAGCCUGUCUCCUGUUUCCCUCUAACCUCCCCAACCCCCUGACCUGACUUCUUCCUGAAGUGAAGAUAUUUGCACACAGCUUUAGGCAGCUCGGCUGGCUCUUAGCCAAUGAGGGCCUUUUGAUUACGACAACAAAGAGGACUCUCUGCAUCAUUCGUUAUCUCCGUGGUCAUCGUCACCAUCGCCAUCGUCGCCAUUGUCGCCAUCGUCAUCUCGUGUGCCAUGAUUACCUUCAUCAUUGUCAUGGUUUACUGUAACCCUUUCCUCCCUGACGCCUUUGUAGAAUGUAACCAUUAUCCGAGGGAGGAGUAGACAAGAUAAAUACUGUAGAUGAUUGGAUGGAUGAUAGACGGGUGAUGGAGAGAUAAUCAAGAAGAGAGGUGCUUUUUAUGUUUUGGUUUUUUUACGACUUAUUUAUAACUUGCUUCUUGUUGAGCAUGUUUAAGAUUGUUGUUUUUUUGCGGCUCUGGAAUCUCGGUAGGUGGGUUAAGUUAAGGAGGACGGCCGGCGUGUUAAUGUUACAGAGAUGUGUGUGUGUGUGUGUGUGUGUGUGUGUGUGUGUGUGUGUGUGUGUGUGUGUGUGUGUGUGUGUGUGUGUGUGUGUGUGUGUGUGUGUGUGUGUGUGUCUGAACGGUGCCUUUUCCGGCCAUCCAUCCCCUCCUGCUCAAUUAACUCACACAAACUCGUUUGUUUUUUGGUUGUUGUCGUCAUUGUCUGUUGCUGUUUCUCUGUUGGUUGGUCUAACCACCGUAACAUGUCAUUCGUUCUUGUGAUCGUCUUUUUACAAUUUGGCGGCGUUCUGUAAGUCUUCGUGCAUCGUCCUGUCAAAAAUAGCGGUAGCCGAUGAGGCCAUCUUAUUGCUGUUGCUAUGUGUACUGUGCCGUUAGCAAUUGUUGCUAGGCAAGAUUCUUGACAAAACGCACAGAUUUGUAUUUUUCUUUUGCUUGUUUUGUGUUCAUUUGUGAAGAUUUUCUUUUUUCCAUUGGAAAGUUGAAGCCUCUCGUGUGAUAGACUGGAAGCAGGCCGAUGAGAAGCGAUGCUGCUAUGCUAGUGUAGAUAGAUGGGGACCUGCUGGACCAAAAGAUGUCAGCUGUCAACAACCAACCAGUCACCUUUAGUCUUCCAGCCUCCUCGAUGAUGUAAUAAUAGGGUUCAGAUUCCAUUCCACGACAUUCUGGACCACACAUUCCAUUUAAUAUGUCUAUGUUCCACCUAUUUAAGUUCGUUUGUAUAUUUCGAGUCUGUGUUCUAGUUUUAUUGUAUAUGGAACAGAUAAAUAUAUAUAUAUAUAUAUAUUAAAUAAAAAAUAUAUGUAUGUAAAACUGACAAAAGAUAUGCUUGUAUGUAACAAUUGCUGUCAAAAUGUACUGUAAAGUUGUAAAAUGUUCGAUUUAUGUGACCUUGUAUGGUUUGCAAUAAAAGUUGAAUGUUAUUUUCCCCAAA